AUGGCCGCCACCAACUGGCACGCACCUGAGGGACUCAGUGCCCUGCCUGAAGACGAGCGGCAGUACGACCAAACGCCCCUCACUUCUCACCAGUACCACCAACAGCUCUCGUCGGCCGCCGCGCCCGGCAAGAACUUGCUCUCGCCCGCUACGAUGAACGUCCAGAACGCCAUCAGUGAGCUCACGAAAGUCAAGGAACGCGAAGACCGGGGCAAGAUCUCGGUGCACGGAUGGAUGCACAAACAGGGCAGUCGCAAGUUCAAAGGCCCCGUGGCCAAGAGCUGGCGCAAGCGCUACUUUGCCCUGGAAGGAGCCAAGAUGUACUACUUCCACAACGACGUUGACUGUCGCAAGUACUUUAACUCGCGCAAUGGCGACUUGGUCGUGGGGGCCGUCGACUUGCGCGACGCGUUCAAGCUCGAACAGAGUGAACGACUGGACUUACCGGCUCGGGGGAUUGUCAUCCACACGCGCCAUCGCGCGUGGCUCGUGUGUCCCGAGACGGAUCAGGACUUUCGCAUGUGGUUUGACGCCCUGGAGUUUACCGUCAUGUCGGCGGGGUCCGGGAACGUCGUCAAGCGGGAUUUGCCGAACGUCCGGGUCUAUGAGAUGAAGGGCCGGUUCAGUUACCGCUUCUGGUACGUCAUCUUUGUGAUUACAGCACUCGUGGAACUAGCAGCGAUUGUGCUGUGGUUCCCCUUGGGGAUCGAACCUUGUGACCUCAAGUUCAAAGGCGACACGUGUGAAGAGAUUCAAUUGCUCUACGCUGACCCGCUGCAAUGUGGCGACAAGCCAUUUAAUGGCAUGUGGAACCCUCCCGAAUGGUACCAUUGGUCGGCCGGGAUCAAGUCGGUCCAGUGUUUCAAGGAACCGUAUAUCACCGACUGGGUCUCGUACUUUGUCUUCUAUCUGGCCGAGUUUAUCAGCAUUACACUCGGAUCACUGUACUACUUGGGUAUGUGGAAACCCGUCCGUCGAGGAGCUCGGUACCUACGUGACUUUGAGCCGCACUUUCCUCCUGAAAAGUGGCCGACUGUCGAUAUCUUGCUGUGUCACUACUCGGAACCAGCAGAUGAUACCAUUGCGACGCUCGAGAAGAUCAUGAACUUGGAUUACCCGCCGCAUCUUUUCCACGUCUGGAUCUGUGACGAUGGGUAUUGCAAGUCCAAAUGGGAUACUGGAGCUCUCGUACCGAAAGUCAGUGUCAAUACGGGAGUGAUUGAGAAUGCCGGUGAUGUUCGUCACGAGGUGGCGCAGUUCAUGUACGACCGCGUGUGUGAAUCCUAUGAGCUUGAAGUGGACGAGUGGCGAAAGGAACACACGACAGUCAAGAUGCCGACAGACGCGAAUCCGCGCUGUGUCAAUCGGGUCGACUGCUCGGUUGGCUCAGUGCGAGACGACUAUUUCUACCACGGCUUCCCUAAGCUGACGUUUGUAGGCCGCAUCAAGCCAGCUGUGCACCACUCGAAGGCUGGCAAUAUCAACAAUGUGCUCUACAAUGAAGGUGCUUGUGGUCGUUAUGCUAUCAUUCUGGAUAACGACAUGAAGCCGCACGAGAUGUUUAUCCAGGCCACGCUUCCGUUCUUUUUUGACGCGCCUCAGAACACCAAGAUCACACACUGUAGUGCUCCUGGCUGUGGUGACAUUGGAAAGAUCUGUUGUGCACUGUGCCAAGCUGCGGGUGUGCCUGAAGCUCAGAUCAUGUACUGCUCGAAGGAUUGCUACAAUGCAUCGGGCCACGUCAAGUCAAGUGUCCACCGCCGUCAGACGCAGAACACCAUGUCGGAGCGUAUGAUGUGUGCUAGCUGUGGUGGCAAGAUUAACCAGUCGAAGGGGUUGUGCCGCAAAUGCAAUCGUGCAGUUAGUCGACGUAACAGCAAGCAGUUUGUUGGUGUGUCGGCCGAUGAUUACUCGGACCACGUUUCGGUGAACCAAGUUGGCUACGUGCAGACCCCGCAAUACUUUGAAGACUGUCUGCAGCUGCGUCUCGGUGACGCCUGUUGUCACCGAAACUCGACGUUCUUUGAUUCAGCGCAGACUGGUAUGGACGGAUACGAUUGUGCCUCUUUUGCGGGCACGAACGCUAUCUUUCGUCGGGAAGCUCUGGACUCGGUGUGUGGCGUUCAGUACGGCUCGUUGACGGAAGAUGCUUUCACGGGCAAAAUGAUGGUUGACAAGGGAUGGAAGGGCUACUACUUCCGUAAGGAUCUCGAAGGUGAGGAGGCUGACCGUAUCCGUCUUGCUGAAGGUGCCGUGCCGGAAUCUGUAGCUGCUGCUCUGGCCCAGCGAAAGCGAUGGGCGAAGGGCAAUUUUCAGAUUUUCCUGCGCAACAAGAAGAGUUUGGUGGAUCCCGAGUGGCCGCAACCCGAAGUGGAGCUGCCACCGAAACGCAAGAUCAACAAGUUCAUGCGCUGGGUGUUCUUCAUCAAUCUCACCGUGUACCCGAUCGGAUCGUUUCCAGCCAUUUUCUUCUUCUACGUCACGACGUAUUUCCUGUAUACUGGCCAAGCUCCGAUCUACACGUCUGGUUUGCGUCUACUGAUGGCCCUUGUGCCGAAGAUUGUGGCACAAAGUAUACUGUCGGCUUUGUCAAACCGCACGGUGGAUAACGAUGAUGUGCUGCGGAGUCAACAGACGUGGUUUUCGUACGCGUUUGUGCACGUCAUGGCUGUUUUUGAGACCAUCUAUUGGAAGUUCACGGGCAAAGAGGCGACAUGGGCCAAUACUGGUGCUCUCGGUGGCAACAGCAUCAUGGAGCUACCGAACUUGAUUGUGUUCAUGGUCAUUGUCUUUGGUAUGCUGUGGGAUUCGGUGCGCUUUUUCGCGGGUUAUAACACUGCGUCUACGACCCACGGCACUCCGCUCUUCUUCGCUUCGUUGUACUUGGGUGGGUUUAUCGCCAAUCAAUUGUGGCCCAUGGUGCGGAUGAGCGUGCAGACUUACUUUGGAUGGAGUCACAAGAGUUUGACGGAUCAGGGUAACAUCGUCGGCAGCUUCUCGCUUGCUUGUAUGCUCUUUAUCCUUUGUAUCUGGGUGUACGUCGAAUCGCCGAACCGAUCCAUUUUCGGAUGA